AUGGGUGUUCCCAAGUUCUUCAGGUGGCUCUCUGAGCGCUACCCGGCCAUCUCGCAGUUGAUCGCGGAAAACCGCAUUCCCGAGUUUGACUGUUUAUACCUCGACAUGAACGGCAUCAUCCACAACUGCACACACAAGGACUCCCAUGAUACGUCCUUUCGCUUGAGCGAAGAUGAGAUGUUUAUUCGCAUCUUCAACUAUAUAGAACAUCUUUUCGGCAAGAUCAAACCCAAGCAGUUGUUCUUUAUGGCAAUAGACGGUGUGGCGCCCCGCGCCAAAAUGAACCAGCAGCGUGCUCGACGUUUCCGCACUGCGCUGGACGCCGAGAUGGCUCGCGACAAGGCUGUUCGCGAGGGCCAGGAGCUCCCCAAGGAGGAGCCGUUCGACAGCAACUGCAUUACGCCAGGGACAGAGUUCAUGGCAAAGCUGUCUGAACAGCUCAAGUAUUUCGUUAACAAGAAGGUGUCAGAGGACACCGAGUGGCAGGGUUGCGAGAUUGUGCUGUCGGGGCAUGAGGUUCCGGGAGAGGGAGAGCACAAAAUCAUGGAGUAUAUCCGCAACGCCAAGGCCCAGCCGGAUUACAACCACAAUGUCCGCCACUGCCUGUACGGCCUUGACGCCGAUCUCAUCAUGCUGGGUCUGCUAAGUCAUGACCCCCAUUUCUGCCUCCUCCGUGAGGAGGUCACCUUUGGCAGGCAGUCCAAAAACCAGUCCAAGGAGCUUGAGCACCAGAACUUUUACCUCUUGCAUUUAUGCAUUGUGCGGGAGUAUCUAGAGCUAGAGUUCCAGGAUCUCAAGAAAGAUGGUCGGAUGACGUUCCCAUUUGACAUGGAGAGGGUCAUUGAUGAUUUCAUCCUCAUGGCAUUUUUCGUCGGCAACGAUUUCCUUCCUAAUCUUCCGCAUUUGCACAUCAACGAGGGCGCUUUGGCGCUUAUGUUCCGCCUGUACAAGGAGAUAUUGCCCAAGUGCGACGGUUACAUCAACGAGGGCGGCAGAGUAAACCUUCAAAGACUGGGUCUGCUCCUGGAAGGCCUUGGAGAAGCCGAGCGCAGGUUCUUUGAGGUGGACAUGCAGAACGAGCAUUGGUUCAGGUCUAAGCAACAGAUGGAGAACUCUGAGAGCGCUCCGGUCAAGUCGCGGCCCAAGGGUCAACUCCAAGUCACCACGUCGCAGAAAAAUCUCUGGAAGCAUAAGAUCAAGCCCUUUAUCACCAAGCGGCCACAGACACCGCUCAACCUAGGGACAGGCCUCAAUGCGGCAGACCGCAAGUUUGCACAGGAGAUUGCCGAUAGCUUCCGCCUUACUUACGAGACUCUGGCUGACGACGAAGGAAACAGGGCUAUCGUACUUUCCUUCCCGAAACUGCCCGCCGCGUCUGAAAAUGAUGACGACGAUGAUGGUUUCGAGGAGGAGGGUGAUGCAGCCGCCCACCGUGAGAUGCUCAAAUACGAUCGCGCCGCUGUCGUAGAUACAUCUCCUGAGGAGGCAAAGGCCGCCAUGGAGGUUCUCUACCAGCAAAAGUUCCAGGAAUGGAAGGACAAGUAUUACUCUGAAAAGUUCGAAUGGACGCCUGAAACCAAGGAGCAGGGACUGCGAGAAUUGGCAGAGAACUACGUCCAGGGUCUUCAGUGGGUUUUGUAUUACUACUACCGUGGCAUUCGGUCGUGGCCAUGGUUCUACAAGUUCCAUUACUCGCCCAUGAUUUCGGACGUCAUGAAGGGUUUGAAUGCCGACAUGAAUUUCACACUCGGCCAGCCCUUCAAACCAUAUGAGCAGCUUAUGGGUGUUCUUCCAGACCGAAGUAAGAAGAUUGUUCCCACCGUCUAUUGGGAUCUCAUGACCGACCCCAACUCGCCCAUCAUCGACUUCUACCCCCGCGAUUUUGAGUUGGACAUGAACGGAAAGAAGCAAGAAUGGGAGGCCGUGGUGAAGAUUCCCUUCAUUGACGAGAAGCGACUUUUGGACGGAAUGGCCACCAGAAACCAUCUCUUGUCUGAUGUGGAGAAGUCGCGCAACGGCUUUGGCGUGGCUCUCAAGUUCACUUACGACCCGAACCUGGAUUUUCAGUACCCAUCAUCACUGCCCGGCAUCUUCCCCGACAUUCCGCAUUGUCGCUGUGUCAUGAACAUCUUUGAGCUUCCCCCCACAGAAGGUUUGGAGUACCUUCACGGACUUACGGAUGGCGCUCUGUUGAACGUAUCUGCACUGGCGGGAUUCCCUAGUCUGGCUACGCUGCCUUAUACUGCUGCGUUGGGCUUUCAUGGCGUCAACGUGUUCCAACAGGAGAGUCGGAAUGAGAGCAUGGUUGUUACGCUCUCCGACACUGAGAUGAAGACGAAGUCCUCUGCAGCUGUGAUGAAGCUCGGACAACGCUGCCAUGUUGGCUAUCCCUUUUUGACAGAGGCCAAGGUCGUCCGUGUCUCUGAUGAACUGUUCAACUACACGCUGGAUACAAACGGAAAGGUCGUACAGACACCUCAUCAGCACAAGGAAAUGGAACAGUUCCAUAGCAAGGCCCGGCGCAUCGAAGAGUUUUACAGCAAAAGACUAGGCAUCCUCAUUGGCGAUGUCGAAUCUCUGGUGCAUGUGGAAAUGCUCAAGGGCUUGAUUAAAACCGAGGAAGGUGCCACUAUCAAGGAGUAUGGCGAGGUUCCUGGUAUGGAGACAGACUACGCACCGCAGGUCAUUGUCGAUGAGGUGAUCAACGAAGACGAGCGGUUCAUCGAGCGAGCCGCUCUACCGAUCGAGGAGGAAUUCCCACUUGGCUGUCACGCAUUUUUCUUGGGUGAAUAUGCUUACGGACGGCCAUUGGAGGUGGUCGGACACAAGGGUAACAAGGUCGAUGUUCGGGUCUCUGUCCUCAAGAAGCCCGAGGCCGACUUUGCCAAGAACAUCAUUUUCCAAGCGGAACGUAAUAACAGAUACGUGCCGUCCUAUGCCGUUGCCAAGAGUCUUGACCUCCACCCCCUCGCUCUCAGCAGGAUAACAGCAUCAUUCUUUGUUUACACCAUGAAGGGCAGCUUGAAGGUUAAUUUGGGCCUCAACCUCAAGUUCGAGAGCAAGAAGCAAAAAGUGCUCGGGUACUCGAGGAAGUCGGGUUCGGGAUGGGAGUUCAGUCCGGCUACGAUCGGCCUGCUGGCACAGUAUAUGCAAAAAUUCCCGGAUCUCUUUGCUGGGCUCAAGCGACUACCGAGCGGCAAUGAGAUCAAGGACACGGACAUUUGGCAGGACGAGAAAGUGGCGCAGGCGCGUGUGAAGGAGAUUGGCGCCUGGCUCAAGACGAUUGAGACGAGCAAGUUUGAGCGUGUGCCGCUCGAUGCCGAGCAACUUGACUCGGAAGUCGUCAUGGCGUUGGCAGCAUCUACAGACCAGCUUAAUCUCGCAGCCCCUGAGUUUGAAGCCAAGGGACUCAAAGCAGUACCCCGAAGUGCGCUGCUCAAGCCUGAGGACGCCGAAGUACGACUCGGAAACCAGAACUUUGCAUUGGGUGACCGCGUUGUGUAUGUUGCCGCGUCCGGCAAGGUACCCAUCGCAGUCCGCGGCACCGUUAUUGGCAUUAGCCGCACGCCGACUGCCAAGCUACUUGACAUCGUUUUCGACAUCACCUUCAUGAGCGGUGGCAGUCUGGGAGAGCGAUGCCCGCCGUUCCGUGGCCAGACGGUUGCCUCAUCCACCGUGCUCAACCUGACCAACAGGCAGGUCGUGACGGGAAGCAAGGCUACCCUUGCGCGGAAGCCUCUUGCCCCGUCCGUUACCACACUUUCUGGUGGCGUUAAUGGUGCCAAUGGACUCAGGCAGAUGAGAGAUUCGCCGACACCUCCCCCGCUUAGAGGCUCUUGGAGAGGUGCAUUGAACGGAAGCAGCGCAAACGGCGGCGGCCGUGGCAGAGGAGCUGCGGGCGCUGGCUACAAUGGGACUCAGGGCCCGCGUAACGGUGGGCCCUUGCAGCACAGCUCAUUGGUGUAUAGGCCCGCACCAGGAGCGGAUGGUCAUGGACAACAGCAGCAGCGUGGAGGUCGUGGUGGGGGGCGCGGACGUGGUGGUCUCGGAUAUGACAACGCCGCAGGUCAGGCCAACGGCUACUCCGCACACCCCAACGGUAGCGGGGCGGGCGCUUCGCCGAUGCCAACGCAGUCAUACAACAACGUGCCGCCGCCCGCAAGCCUGGACACAUCAUCUGGUCGCGGUAGGGGCCGCGGCCGUGGGCGUGGAGCUCGGGGCGGACCAAACAUGGGUGGUCGCGGAGGCCAACACGGACGUGGGCGCGGCGGCGGUGGUUCAGGCGCUCCGCGCGGCACCUCAUCUUAG